AUGAGGUUAUUCUCACUUGCGCCCUUUCUCGCCCUCGCUGCGGCCCUCCCGGCCCCCGGAAACGGCAACGGCAAGCCCGAUAAUGGGCAGCACAACGGUAACGGUGGCAAUGGCUGCAACGGCAAGGGCAACCCACACUGCCAGGGCGGCUCGACGCGUCCCACCAUCACGCCAAGCCCGAUGCAGCCGCGCGUACCCUUCCCGUCCCCCGCUGUGCGGACGCGUGACUGCGUCGUGCCCGUGUCGGGCGGGGACGACUCGGAGGCCAUCCUCGCCGCCAUGCAGAGUUGUAACAAUGGCGGGCGUGUCGUCUUCGAGAAGGACUCGACGUACACCAUUGGCACGGCUUUGGAUCUUACCUUCCUCCAGUCGAUCGACCUCGACAUUCAAGGUACAAUCAGGUUCACCAACGACACCGACUACUGGCAGAAGGCCGGCUUCAGCUUCGUUUUCCAGAACGUGACCACCUUCUUCAAACUCGGUGGUGAUGACGUGUUCAUCUACGGCGGCGGCACGCUCGACGGCAACGGACAGGCGUGGUACGACCUGUUCGCCAAGGACAAGCUGAUCAUGCGCCCUGUUCUGAUGGGCGUCGACGGGCUCAAGAACAGCAUCAUCGCCGACCUCAAGUGGCGGUACUCGCCGCAGUACUACUCGUUUGUCGCCAACUCGAGCAACGUCGUGUUUGACGGCAUCGACAUUACUGGGCGCAGCAAGAGCGAGCAUGAGGCCAAGAACACGGACGGGUGGGACACGUACCGCUCGACCGACAUUACGAUCCAGAAUGGACACGUUGACAAUGGCGACGAUUGUGUGAGCUUCAAGCCAAACUCGACACACAUCCUCGUCCAGUCGAUGUGGUGCAACGGCUCCCACGGCAUGUCGGUUGGCUCGCUGGGCCAGUACGCUGGCACGUUCGACAUUGUCGAGCAUGUCUACGUCGCCAACAUCUCGAUGAAUAACGCGUCGGACGGAGCGCGCAUCAAGGUCUGGCCUGGCAGCGCAGCCUCGAUGAGCGUCGACUUGCAGGGCGGCGGCGGCGAGGGUCGCGUCAACAACAUUACGUUCACCGACUGGCAGCUGACCAACGUCGACUACGCGAUGACGAUCACCCAAUGCUACGGGCAGAAGAACGCGACACUGUGCACCGAGUUCCCAUCCAAGUUGACCAUCUCGGACGUAACGUUUAAGAACUUUGCGGGACAGGCGAGCACAAAGUAUGCCCCGCAGAUGGCCUAUUUCCAGUGCUCGUCGCCUGACGUGUGCUACGGCAUUCGCGCCGAGAACAUCAGCGUGACCUCGCCCGCUGGGGCCAAGCAGGCGUUCUGCUUCAACAUGGACAAUAGCGCCCUCGAUGUCCAGUGCACGACGCAGAACAACCCGGGGGAGCACUCUGGCGGUGCUAAAUAG